AAAACUUAGUUAAUCACACUCUCUGUACUAUCACAACUCACAAGCAACAUUGUUGGAUUUCACGAAACGAAACCAUGUGAGUUUCCUCGAUCAAAGAUGGGGAUGGUGGAGGCGCUUCCAUACAUAGGAAUGGUGGCGGUGCAGUUAGCACAGGUGGUGAUGCUGUUAGCAGCGGAAACUGCCAUAGCAAACGGGAUGACUACUUUCGCAUUCCUCUCAUACUCCAAUAUCUUCUCUGCAAUCCUUCUUCUUCCAAUUUGUUUCUCCAUAUACAGAUCUGAUCAUCCUCCGCUCCUCCCCGCCUUCUUGUGUGGCUUUUUCCUGCUCGGAUUCAUAGGAUUCACGGUGCAGGUGUUGGGGAUGACGGGGCUCAUAUUCAGCUCUGCAUCACUCUCCACUACAAUACUCAACCUCAUCCCGGGCUUCACCUUCGUCAUCGCCGUUAUCCUCAGGCUGGAGAAAUUCAACUACAGAAGCGCGACUAGUAUGGCGAAAUCAACGGGCACCGUGAUCUCGAUCGGGGGAGCGGUGUUGGCGACUCUGUACCAGGGGCCUUCGCUUUUGGGGAAGUCCGGUGAUCUGCUGACGGCAGUCUCUUCUAAUUGGGUGAUAGGGGGGCUGCUCCUGACCUUAGACAGCGCGGCGGCGGCGAUCUUAAUCAUUGUGCAGGCGUUGGUGGUGAGGAAAUGCCCUGCUGUGCUGAUUCUGAUGCUCUUCUACAGCUGCUUCAUCGCCCUUGUAUCGGCUGCGGCGUCUGCGAUCGUGGAGAAAGACCUUGCCGCUUGGACUCUCAAUCUCAACUCCACAGGGAGGUUCAUUCCAGUUAUAUUAUCGGGGUUAUUUGGGAACGUAUUUCAACUGAGCAUAGUGAUGUGGUGUGUGAGACGAAAGGGUCCUGUGUUUGCAUCCAUUUUCCAUCCAAUUGGAGUCAUCGUUUCCAUAGUGGCGGGCGUCCUCGUCUUGGGAGAGACCUUCUAUCUUGGAAGUUUGCUCGGAGCGGUGGUGGUGGUGGUGGGCUUCUACGCUGUGUUGUGGGGAAAAGCUAAUGAAGCGAAGGUGAUUGACAAUGACGACGGGAAGGAUACGACGCCGCUGCUGCAGGAACAGGGCCAACUAGCUUGAAAUUUGUAAUCUAUAUUGGGCAAAAACGCAGUUAAUAAGGUGUUCAACUAUCCCAUUUUCAGUGUCCAUUUUGUAUCACACUUCAAUUUUUAGUCAAUCUUUCCCUUCAUUAUUUAUCCCUA